GCAGGGCUGUACGUGUGUUCUUAAGCCAUAGGCUCAAGUUCACGUAUUUUUGGAGUACGUAUAAGCUUGUGGAUAUUCAUUAGUUUGGUUUAAUCAUUAUAGACUGCACGGUUUACUCGUAAUCAUAAUACGUCCGUUAUUCAUAAUCCCAGGAGGGAUUUAUGGACUAACCGUUAGCGGGACGAGACCCUUAUAUAGGAGAUAAUCAUGAAAGACGAUGCAAGCAAGCAACAGGCGGAUCUGGACCGGGAGUUUGCCUCCACGACCACCCUGCACGGCAUCGGUCGUGUCAUCGAGAGCUCCCGGGCGCUAGUCAAGCUCCUCUGGCUCACCAUCCUGCUGGUUUGUCUCGGAGUGUGCGUCUGGCAGAUCACCGAUCGGUUCCGGCGGUACUUCAAGUACGAGGCCACUACGGCGGUGUCCGUGGAGUACGUGGGGGACCUGGACUUCCCUGCCGUGACCAUCUGCAACUUCAACAGAUACCGUUUGUCAGCACUGACUGAAGCAGAUAGAGCCAGUCUGGAAGUACUCCUGGAAUAUACCGACUACGACUUCGACACCUACGAUGACCCGGAGACACCCGGCGAGGAGCCCAAUCCAAACGAGCCCGCCGGCAACUUCAGCUACACGGAGAUCACUGAGCGCACGGGAUUCAUACUGGACGAGCGCACAUUGAUGGACUGCAAAUGGCGCGGGAAAAAAGACAGUUGCAAGGCGCAUAAUUUCACGCACGUGUUUACUUCAUUCGGCAACUGCUGGACCUUUAAUUCCGGCGAAGACUCGGAUGAAAAUGACCUACCAAUCUUACAUCAGAUCCAACCGGGAAGUGGUAACGGCCUGAGAAUGAUCAUUGAUAUACAGCAGCAUGAAUACGUUGAACCAGUACGGGUAGGCAAUUUGGAAGCCGGACUGAAGGUAUUGGUUCAUGGCCAAGAAACGCCGCCCUCUGUCGACGCGGAAGGGUUCGCAAUCGGUCCUGGCGUCCACGCGUUCGUUGGUGUACGCAAACGAGAGUACAAUAACCUUGAGGAACCGUGGGGAAGAUGUGACGAGACGAAGACUCUGACACAUUAUGAAAAGUACACGCUCCAAGGCUGUUCCAUCGAGUGUAAAGCCAAGAAGAUCUACGAGAAUUGUGAAUGCAGACUCGUUAGACAUCCUGGGCAUGAAAUAGAGUGCUCCCCUACACAAGUCAAGAACUGUGCCACGCCAGUUUUAACGAAGCUGAAGGCGGGUGAGAUAAAGGGUUGCGAGUGCCCGGUGCCGUGCAACUACAGCGAGUUCCGUACCAGUCUAUCCACGGCGGCUCUGCCUAACAACAAUGUAAUGGAGGAGCUGUGGAAGUUAUACAGUCCAGACGACCUUGCUAAUUACACCGACGAUCAGUCAGGAUUAUACAUCAGGGAAAAUUGGAUCUUGUUGGACGUCUUCUACGAGUCCCUGAACUUCGAGAAGUACGUGCAAUCCGAGGCAAUCAGCGCGUCAGCUUUAAUCAGUGAUAUUGGUGGCCAGUUGGGCCUAUUCCUUGGGGCCAGCUUCAUAACAAUGGCCGAGAUAUUUGAAUACCUCGGUCGCAAAACAGGCCGCUUUUUCACGAGCUGCUCGCAACGACAGAUUGUCAAGCCUAAAACUCGACCACGGGAAGAUACCAUUGGUAUUCAGGACCUGCCUUCAUCUUCUGGAUCGUAGUUCAAUGUACGGACAAAAUACCCCAUCUAAUCAUCAGUAAGCUGUGAAUUUCAAACAGACUCUUUUAUGGAUAGAUUGGAAAUACACAGUGGCGUGUCAAUGUUGCAUUUGAUGGUCCGAUUAAUUACAAAAAUUAAAUAUAUGAAAAUGGAUAAAAAGAGAACAAAAUUCGACUUAAAUUUAUCAAUAUUAUUGUUGACUGUUGUGAUGUGGGAUAUUACGUUUUUAACAGCCGAGGGGCACAUAGCACCCGAGGUGAAGCCGAGGAUGCUAUGUGCCCAAGGGGGUUUAAACAGGCAUAUCCCACAUCACAGCAGACAAUUGUUUGAAUAUAUUGUACGAAUAAGUCAAAACGAUAAAAUGGUUGUAACUUACUUUGCAAGGAAAUAAAUCGCAGCUCAGUCGUGAGCGCGCUUACGGCAGGUGUUUUAUCAACCAUUUUAGACCGGCCAAUUGACAGGCUUUCGACCAAUAGGAAUUUGUAGAUUGUCUUAGGUAAUUAUGAAUAAGCAUUAUUGUAUAAUUACUAUUACUACUACAGUGUACUAUACGUUCAGUUGAAUUGAUAAGCGAAUCAUUUGGAACGGUAUAUUUAGACAUACAACAUUUCUAAGUACAAAAAAUAAAACCGGUUUAAAUAUAGUUGUUUAUAGAUAUUUCUUAAGAUGCUUUUUAAACCACCAAUUGAUCUAAGACGGGGGAGUGGGGAGAGACUAUUCUAAAAAAUAUAGGUCUUUGGCAUUUAACCGUUGAUAAAUAAUUAGAUGUCUUUACCCUAUAAAAAUGCAAAUUCCUUGAAUUCAUUGUAUUAUACUGGUAAAUACAUCUGUUAAGUGAAACAGGUAAUAAACUCCUAUCAUUUUAAUUUAAACAUAAUGACUUCAAUUUGGUAUUUAUAUAACUCAUGGAUAUAAGGAGUGGAUUAAAUUGAUGAAAAAAGGGGUGCGGUGCGUGCUCUUGAAUGUGAGCGAUUUAUUAAA